AUGUCCGAGGUGUUAAAGCUGGAAAAGACGCUGCGGAAGCAGGCGACGUCCGACGACCUCCAGGCCUCCAAGAUCGCCUCCACGGCGGAGCGCAUCUUGUCCUUGCAGCCGAACCACGUGUACGCGAUGCAGUGCAAGUCUGUCGCCCUGCUCCACAGCGGGCGGUUCGCUGCUGCGCUGAGCGUGCUAGAAAACCUCCAGCUCGAGACGACGCCCUUCAAAAACAGCGCGACCUUCCACCUGCACAAGGCCUACUGCCAUUACCGUCUCAUGCAAUACACCGAGGCCAGGGCGGAGCUGCACGAGCAGCAGCAAAGGGGGCCCAUGUCCACGGCGGCCCGCCACCUGCUGGCCCAGAUCCACUACAACCUCGAGGAGUACGCCGAGGCGGCGGCCAUGUACGCGGCACUCGUAGCCGACGGUGCCUACCGCGACGACGUGGAAAAGCAGGAACUGCUCACCAACUACACGGCCUCCCUGUCCGCCUGUGCACCGGAGAAGGUUGCGGCGGUGGUGCGUGAUGAGGCGGAUGAGAAGACACCUGACCUGCUCUUUAAUCUUGCCACUGCUCAGGUGGAGGCGCAAAACUACGAGGCCGCGCAGGCCACUCUACUCCAAGCAGAGCAACUGUGCGCCGCCAUCUUCCCGAAGAGCACGCUGCGCUCUCUGAAAGAUGCGCUUGCCGCUGGCAGUGAAGUGCUGCAGGCACAGCUCGGCGUCCCGCUCGGGGCGCCGACGAGCAUUGGUGGUAGCAGCUCCAUCGCCACCUCACCGGAGCGCUGCUUCUUCAACGAGGUGUGCAGCAACUGGGUGCAGCAGGCGUACGUUGCCUUCAUGCGGCACCGCGAAGAUGACGCGCGACGCAUUAUCGAUCUGAUCCUGACGUACAAGCCGAGCUCCUCCGUCACGAGCGCCGUCGCCGGCAUUCUGCACACGGCCCUGCAGCGCAGCGCGGACUUCUUCGACUCACACCGCAAGCUCAAGGCGGCCCAGCACGUCAAGGUGCUGUCGCGCCUCACCUCGAGGCAGCGCAUCGCUGUUCAGUACAACACGGCCCUGCUGCAGCUGAGCGCCGGCGCCCUGGACCGUUGCGCCCGCACAGUGGAACAGAUGGAGAAGGCGCACCCGAACAGCGAGCUGACGCACUCGCUUCGUCUCGUGCUGGCCGUGCGCGAGCUCAAGAAGAAGAAGUCCUUGCCAGCGACCUCGCCGUCGUCGGCCUCGAGGCCCGCGAGGACCGCGACGGACAGCGCGCGUGACAUGCAGGAGUGCGUGCGCAACUACGAAGCGGAGGCUACGCGGCACCAGGGUGCUGGGAGCUCGGAGGCCGAAAAUCGGAAGCGCCAUCGCUUCCUGCAGCUCAUCACUGCCCAGCUCUUCCUCGAACAGGGCGACCUGGCGCACGCCGUGGAGACGCUACAAGCGCUGGACGACUUCGCAGUGGCGCGGCGUCCCACGACUGUGAUGACGAUGGCCGCCUGGGAAGCGCAGAUCGGCGACGUCGACGCUGCCAUGGCGCUGCUGCGUGAGCGGCUCACUGCCACGACCUGUGGCUACUCUGUCGCUGUAAAGAAGGCAGUAUUGCUCUGGGCCGUCCAGGACCUCGCCAUGGCUCGUGGCCUCUACGCCGCUGUGGGGCAGCUGCUCAAGGCGGUGCAAGCCGCAGACGCAAGCCUGCGGAAGGAUCGCGAGGUGACGGCGCUGCUGGUCAUAUGCCUUGCCGAGACGGACUUGGCUGAGGCGAAGCGCGUCAUUGGCACCCUCGACGCGGACGCCGCGGCGGCGCUGAGCGGCUCUGGCAGCAGUAGUCGCACCGCCCCGUCGGAGAAGCAGAUCGAGGCGCUGGUGCGCGGGAAUCCCGGCGCCGCCGCUAUGAGCGAACUGGGGUAUCGUCGGGUGACGGCGGUGGAUCAGGAGGGCGCUGCUGCUGGAGGCCGCGCCGCCAGUGGUGCUGGCCUGCCGCCGCGCCGUCGCCGCCCCAUGCGUCGUCCUGCGAAGAACAUGGAUGGCAAGCCGGAUCCUGAGCGCUGGAUUCCGAUGUCGUUGCGCUCCUACAUCAAAGAUCUGCCGGAGCGGCGCAAGAGGGAGCUGAGGCGGCUGCGCGCCUUCGACCAAGAGCAGAAGCGCCGUGCCGCAGCAGUGGCACGCCAGAAGCAGAAGAAGGACGAGCAACUGCAGCGCCAACAAGUGGCAGAGGCCUCCCCCGUCACCUCAGCUGCGUAA